AUGGAUAAAAUACAAAAUAAAUUAUGCUUAGCAUUCUAGAAGAUUACAACAAAUGUUUUCUUCAGAGAAAUAAAAGUUAUUGGGCAGGAAAAUAUUCCACAAGAUGCUCCAGUAAUUAUAUGCGGUAAUCACAGUAAUCAAUUUAUUGAUGCUCUAUUGAUGGGAGCUACAGCAGGAAGAAAAGUUAACUUUAUCAUGGCAGCAGCAAGUAUGAGAAGACCUAUUCAUGGAAGUAUUGGCAAGUUUUUAGGUUGUAUUCCUGUGGAAAGACCUCGUGAUUUAGCGAAACCAGGAAAAGGAACAAUAAUUUCAGCUAAAAGUGGUGUUUUGAUAGGGAAAGACACUGAAUUUAAAACACAAUGCCACAAAAAUACUUAGAUUGUUGUCGGAUUUAUCAAAGACUAAUUAAGAGUAACAGAAAUUAUUAGUGAUACCGAAUUACACUAUACAACAGAUAUUGAUGAAGGAGAUCAUUCAAACUUAAAUGAAAAGUAUAGAAUAUGCCCUGAUAUUGAUUAGUCAGAUUUGUUUGGAGCAGUAUGGAAAUCUCUAAAUAAAAAACAAUGUAUUGGCAUAUUUCCAGAAGGAAUAAGUCAUGAUAGUCCUGAUUUCAUGCCUCUGAAAGCUGGUGUUUGCAUUAUGGCUCUAGGUGCUAUGUAGAAAUUUAGAUAAAAAGUAUACAUUGUACCUUGUGGAUUAAAUUAUUUUAAGGGUCAUCGUUUUAGAUCUAAAGUGACUAUUUAAUAUGGGUAAGCAUUUGAAAUCCCAUUUGAAUUAGCAGAUCUUUACAAGAAUAAUAAAAGAGAAGCAAUCACUACCUUACUUUUAGAAAUUCAAAACAGACUUAGAUCUGUAGUGUAUACAGCUUCAAGUAGUACUGAACUUUAGGCAAUUAUUACUGCUAAGCAUCUAUAUAUGUAAUCCUUUUACAAAAAGCUAUCUACAUAAGAAGAGUGCUAAUUAAUUAAUAGAAUUAAUGAAACUUACAGAUCUUUACAAACACAUCCUGAUAUGAUAAAAUUAAUAAAUUAGCUUAAAGAUUACAAUUCUGUUAUGGCUAGAUUAAAACUAACCGACCAAGAAACAGUGGCUGAUUACCAAGAUGGUCUUUUGAAAUCAUUUCUAGCUAUCAUCUACUCAAUUCUUCACAUACUUAUUUCCUCUUUAUUAGCUUUUCCUGGUUUAAUAUUAAAUGGGCCUAUUGGUCUGGUUUUGAGGUAUUUAGCAGAGUCCGCAAGAAAAAAAGAAGCAAUAGGAUGGCCUUCUCCAUGUUUAGAUAUUGUGGCAAGCUAUAAAGUAUCAUUUGGUCUAGUUAUAGUACCUGUGACGUUUUGGCUCUAUUACUUGGUUUUCUUUUUCUUUUUAAAAAACUUUAUCUUUUCAGCUGAUUAAAUAUAAUUAAUAUAUUCUAUUGAGAUCAUUUUUAUUGUGCUUUAUCCCGUUUAUGCUUAUUUAAUGUUAAGGCUAUUUGAUGAUAUCAAAAAACAUCUUAAAGCAAUUAGAGCCAGAGUAGUUUUCCUCCAUAAAAAUGUUGAACUUGCUUAGUUAGAAAAAGACAUCUAGAAUAAAAUAAAAGAUAUGGUUAAUGUUUAUUGCAAAGCACAUGAAGAAAAUUAUGAUGAAAAUAAAAUUAUUACAGAAGACCAUCAAAAUGGUGAUGUAGAUUAGUCUAAGUAGUUAUUAGGUCGUAAAGAAAAAUUCAUUUUUAGACUUUAAAAAAUUAAAUAAGUUUUCAGUUAACCAAUUAAAAAAAUUGCUCAUAAAUUACAUUCAAAAAUUUAUUCUGAAUCUACUAUGUAAGAUAUUUACAGAUAUCUUGAUGUAAAUAAAAGUUAAAAUAGUAGCUCCGAACAUGAAACUGAUGAUUGA